AGCUCGCAGAGAGGGAGGAGAAAGCAUUGAGUUCCGGAGCUGUGCCUAACCCGGCCCAACCUUUGCUCCAGAGAUCAUGGCUGCCGAGGAUGUGGUGGCGACUGGCGCCGACCCGAGCGAGCUGGAGGGUGGCGGGCUGCUACAUGAGAUUUUCACGUCGUCACUCAACCUGCUGCUGCUUGGCCUCUGCAUCUUCCUGCUCUACAAGAUUGUGCGAGGGGACCAGCCCGGGGCCAGCAGCGAUAGCGACGACGAUGAGCCUCCCCCGCUGCCCCGCCUCAAGCGGCGCGACUUCACUCCUGUCGAGCUGAGGCGUUUCGACGGCGUCCAGGACCCGCGCAUACUCAUGGCCAUCAAUGGCAAGGUGUUCGACGUGACCAAAGGCCGCAAGUUCUACGGGCCGGAGGGACCCUAUGGAGUAUUUGCCGGAAGAGACGCAUCCAGGGGCCUUGCCACAUUUUGCCUGGGUAAGGAAGCACUGAAGGAUGAGUAUGAUGACCUUUCUGACCUCACUCCUGCUCAGCAGGAGACCCUGAGUGACUGGGACUCUCAGUUCACUUUCAAGUAUCAUCACAUGGGGAAACUGCUGAAAGAGGGGGAGGAACCCACUGUGUACUCAGAUGAUGAAGAACCAAAAGAUGAGAAUGCUCGCAAAAAUGAUUAAAGCAUUCAGUGGAAGCAUAUCUAUUUUUGUAUUUUGCAGAAUCAUUUGUAACAUUCCAUUCUGUCUUUAAAACAUGGUGAUUUCAAAAUUUAGAAAAGUUUUGAACUUGCUGUAAAUUUUUAAAUUAACAUCACUAGUGACACUGAUAAAACUAAUUUCUGUCUUUGAA